AUGGACGCUCUCCGCGCGGCAUACCCGGGACGAAUUCCUCUUCACCUGUCCAACGGGGUGGCUUAUCUGUGGGAGCCUGAAGGUACGUUGUUCUGUGCUCAUAAAGAUCUGAAACAGGCGCGGACCCAACAUAAUUUGUGCGGCCUGCUGAGUGGCACGUUACCGCUGAUCCCUCAGCAGAAUGUUUUCCUCGGCCUUCCACUUCGUCUUCUCCCUGAGGAAGUAGCGUACCUGUUGCGUCAUGAUGCUGCGUUGUUAAUCAACGAGGCAGAAGCCUAUGUUGCACCUACUGAGCAGGAACGAGCUGAGUUCUGGGAACGCGAAGAGCAGAAGAUCCAUCAGCAAAAGAUGCGGACGCUGGCACAGCAGAAAGAGCAGCGCGAGAAAAUCGAGGCUCAACUCCGCGCGCGCGACGGGAAUGGGGCCCUCGAACGCCGCAAGGCACGACAAGCUGCUAAAGCUAGCAGUGCUGCGUCCGACGCUGGUACAGAGAGUGCACAGAGCGCCCCUAUUAGUGCCUCCCAGAACGAAGACCUGGAUCGUAUGCCAUAUGUGCAUGAUACCCCUGGCACUUCCGCGCAUAUCCCAGGCUACCGCCCUUGUACUGCGGCAAUGCAGGAGAGCAUGCCGGGAGCGCGGAUCAACACGUACACAACACUACAAGACGCCUAUGCGGCAGGUGUGUGGACAUAUCCAAGCACCCUAACCGAGCGUGCCCGAUGCGCAGUGUUUGAGGAUCUACACAGUAAGGGCUACUUUCUCAGUACAGGUCUGCGCUUUGGCGGCGAUUUUGUGGUGUAUCCGGGAGACCCAUUGCGCUAUCAUUCACAUUAUACAGCAGCUGUGCUGGAGACCCCACAGACGCCCAUGCCAGCGUACCAUAUCGUCGCAGCCGGACGCCUGGGCACAGCGGUGAAAAAGUCACAUUUGCUGUGUCAGGCGAACACCAGCGUGACAGACGAUGAGGAAGCCCGUGUGAGGCGGCAGCAGGGUGCUGAUGAUGAUGUCAACACGCCAUGGGGCCAGGUGAUCUAUUGGAGCUUGGCCUGGGCCGGCUUUGGUACAUAG